CUUGGUUCCGUCCAGCGGGUGCUGUAAACGAGCUGAGGCGGAGAAAGGGCGCGGAACUGGAAGAGGGUGAGUCAGGCACUGUCUACGCGAUAAAGGGAGGCGGCACCGCGGCGCAGGGCUGAGUUGAGUAAGUGCGGCCCCUGCAGUCUAUUCAGGGACGCCGCGAUCUAGCGCCCGCGAGAAGAGGGCGAGGAGGAGCCAGAGCCCGGUCCUUGCACCCAUUCUCGCCCUCGUACCCCGCCGCCAUCUCCACCAUGCAGUCCCGGGAAGAAGCUCCGCGCUCUCGCCGCCUGGCCAGUCCCCGCGGCGGGAGGCGACCCAAGAGAAUUUCCAAGCCUUCUGUUUCAGCUUUUUUCACGGGCCCGGAGGAGCUGAAGGACACGGCUCAUUCUGCAGCCCUCCUGGCACAGCUGAAGUCCUUCUACGACGCGCGGCUGUUAUGUGAUGUGACCAUCGAGGUGGUGACGCCUGGUAGCGGCCCUGGCACCGGCCGCCUUUUUUCCUGCAACCGGAACGUGCUGGCUGCUGCGUGUCCCUACUUCAAGAGCAUGUUCACUGGUGGCAUGUACGAGAGCCAGCAGGCGAGUGUGACCAUGCAUGAUGUGGAUGCCGAAUCCUUCGAGGUGCUGGUCGACUACUGCUACACUGGUCGCGUGUCGCUAAGUGAGGCCAACGUGCAACGCCUUUAUGCGGCCUCUGACAUGUUACAGCUCGAGUACGUACGGGAAGCCUGUGCCUCCUUCCUAGCCCGCCGCCUUGACCUGGCCAACUGCACCGCCAUCCUCAAGUUUGCCGACGCCUUUGACCAUCACAAGCUGCGAUCACAGGCCCAGUCCUUUAUAGCCCACAAUUUUAAGCAGCUCAGCCGAAUGGGUUCAGUAAGGGAGGAGAGUCUGGCAGAUCUGAGCUUGGCCCAGCUGCAGGCUGUCCUGCGUCUGGAUAGUCUAGAUAUCGAGAGUGAGCGGACCGUGUGUCAUGUGGCGGUGCAGUGGUUGGAGGCGGCUCCCAAGGAGCGGGGCCCCAGCGCUGCGGAAGUCUUCAAGUGUGUCCGCUGGACGCACUUCAGAGAUGAAGAUCAGGAUUACCUGGAAGGGCUGUUAACUAAGCCCAUUGUCAAGAAGUACUGUCUGGACCUUAUUGAAGGGGCCCUGCAGAUGCGAUAUGGUGACAAGUUGUGCAAGUCGCUGGUGCCGAAGCCAGAUAGCAGCAACAGCUCUGUUGUACCCACAGCAGAAAAUCCCCCCCAGAGACUGGGUAUGUGUGCCAAGGAGAUGGUGAUCUUCUUUGGACAUCCUAGAGAUCCCUUUCUCUGCUAUGACCCAUACUCAGGGGACAUUUACACAAUGCCAUCCCCUUUAACCAGCUUGGCUCACACUAAGACUAUCACCUCCUCAGCUGUCUGUGUCUCUCCAGACCACGACAUCUACCUGGCCGCUCAGCCCAGGAAGGACCUGUGGGUGUACAAGCCAGCCCAGAACAGCUGGCAGCAGCUUGCCGACCGCCUGCUGUGUCGGGAGGGCAUGGACGUGGCCUACCUCAAUGGCUACAUCUACAUUUUGGGUGGGCGAGACCCGAUUACUGGAGUUAAACUGAAGGAAGUAGAAUGCUACAGUGUUCAGAGGAACCAGUGGGCAUUUGUGGCUCCUGUACCCCAUUCCUUCUAUUCCUUUGAACUAAUAGUGGUUCAAAACUAUCUUUAUGCUGUGAACAGUAAGCGCAUGCUCUACUAUGAUCCUAGCCACAAUACGUGGCUGAACUGUGCUUCUCUUAAACGUAGUGACUUUCAGGAAGCCUGUGUCUUCAAUGAUGAGAUCUAUUGUAUCUGUGACAUCCCAGUCAUGAAGGUCUAUAACCCAGCCAGGGGAGAAUGGAGGCGGAUUAGUAAUAUUCCCUUGGACUCAGAGACCCACAACUACCAGAUUGUCAAUCAUGGCCAAAAGUUGCUUCUCAUCACUUCUACCACCCCUCAAUGGAAAAAAAACCGGGUGACUGUUUAUGAAUACGAUACUAGGGAAGACCAGUGGAUUAAUAUAGGGACCAUGCUAGGCCUUUUGCAGUUUGACUCUGGCUUUAUUUGCCUCUGUGCUCGUGUGUAUCCUUCCUGCCUGGAACCUGGACAGAGUUUCAUCACUGAGGAAGAUGAUGCACGGAGUGAGUCUAGUACUGAAUGGGACUUAGAUGGAUUCAGUGAGCUGGACUCAGAGUCAGGAAGUUCAAGUUCUUUUUCUGAUGAUGAAGUCUGGGUGCAGGUAGCACCUCAGCGAAAUGCACAGGAUCAGCAGGGUUCUUUGUAAAUAUUUUGAAGCACUAAAAUGUUUCUACUGCUAUGGAAUGUAUCUUUAAAAGAUUUCCUUUUCUUGAAAAAAAAAGUGUUGAUUAGGACUGCAGAUUUGGUUUAGAAAGGGUAAUGUUUGAAUUACUAAUGUAAUGUUACAAAAUUUAAACAGUCCAUGAAGUCAACCUAUAUAAUAAUUUACUGUGCUAAAAAUCGAGAUUAAAAUAUGCAAAAAUGAACUAUA